AUGGUAACACCUCUCCAGAUUAUUCACCUAGAACAAGGCCCUGUGUUACCUAUUGUUAAACUUCUCCUGGACCUAUGCGUUGAUCCAAACGCGGAUAUACAUAUACGAGGACAGGACACCGUGGGACAUGCUCGCCAAGAUGGGAACAGUUCAGAGUAUUUGACUGAUGAUAUUGGGAGUGCUGUAGAGCUCAUGGUACAACGGGGGGCGCGAGUACACGGGACGUUUCGAGUUUCAAGUAGACAAUUUCUGGGUCUGGCGGAUAUUCUUGACGGAAUUCGGUUGCCACAGCAUUGUAGGAGUAGGGUUGAUGAGGCAGUUGAGAGCAGAGGGCCAGAGAGGACUUUUCUAUCACGCAUGUUUGGAUGGAAUUAA